CGUAGAACCGUACGGGACCAUACUUGUACUCACAAAACUUCCRUAAAAUCCUAGUCUCGAAAAACAAAGACCGAAGACAAAACCGAACACCAUCUUGUCCGCUGUCUAUUAUAGUAUCACCCCACCAGCAAAGAUCAAUCAUGACAGAAUCAAAGUGCCCCGUUUCCGGUGCGUCCACCACCGCAUCCAAGUGCCCCUUCUCGGGUGCCGCUGCCACGUCCUACCCAAAUGCUGCCAAGGCCGUGGACGGAAUCAUCACCAACCUGACCAACAAGCGGUCCAGUGAGGGAAUGGGACUCCCCGAAGCCAUGUCGCAGGAGACCAUCGACAUGAUUGUCGCCACGGCACCCGCUGUUGCGCCGAAGAUGCUCGACAUCACCAAGUGCUUCUACGAAAAGAUCCUCGGCAGCCACCCUGAAUUGCUUCAAUUUUUUAAUCCGGCGGUAAGAAUCCAACCCAAUCGAUUUUUUUCGGCACCCUAAGAACGAGUUGAUCUGCUUACAAAGUCGGAUACGAACAACACGGAAAUGCCUAUGAACCGUUGCUAGUAUUUUGGUCUGCCGUGAUGUGCACCGCGUCGUAUUAUAUAAUUCCAUUGCAUCGUCCUAUGUCGCUAACACAAUUGCCAUCUCUGUUCGUGACGACACUUGCGUUUUCAAACGAAACUCGUGAAACAAACCCAUCGGCUGCGUGUUCUGAUCGGAACAAACUCGGGUUCGGAUUGAAAUCCUUUCGAUCGAAACGACGACAACAACUAUCAGCACAACGUCCCAAAAUCGGAGAACCAGCCCAAGGCCCUGGCCGCAUCGGCCAUCGCCUACGCCACGAAUAUCACCGACCUCUCGCCGCUCUUGGUCCCGGGUGGACCGGUCCAGGCCAUUGCCCACCGCCACGUCGCCCUGGGCGUUCACCCAAUGCAGUACGUCGUGGUGCACGAAAAGCUCAUGGCGGCGAUUGGCGAGAUCCUCGGGGACAUUGUCACCCCCGAGAUUGCUUCCGCCUGGUCGGAGGCCGUCCUCUUCUUGGCCAAGGCCUUUAUCGAUACGGAGGAAGGCCUCUACAAGGCACUCGAGCAGCGCGAGGGCGGAUGGUCGGGCUUUGCCGAGUUUGAGGUUUCCGAAAUCAAUGCCCUGACCGAUUCCGUCAAGCAGGUUUCGUUCAAACCCCCCUCCGGAUCUCCGUUGGAAGGAAAGAAAUUUGAUUUCACCGGUGGACAGUACCUCUCGCUACAGAUCGACAUCGAUGGGGACAACCUAACGGCCCCCCGACACUACACCUGCACGUCGCCCGUCGGUGCCGAUUAUUUGCAGUGCACCAUCAAGAAGAUCGGGGGGGGAAAGGUCUCGACCUACGUCCACGACAACCUAAAGGUCGGCGACAAGAUCACCCUCUCCCCUCCCGUCGGUGUCUUUACGAUCCCGGAAGAGGCAGAAACCUCGGCUGUCCUUUUGUCCGCAGGAAUCGGAGUCACGCCGAUGGUCAACUUCCAGCGCGUCCUCGGCGACCGCGUGAAGCUCGUCGUUCACGUCGACCGCGCCGAGGAAACCCACCCCUACAAGGCAUUCUUUGAGGAGUCCGGUGCCGAAACCCUCUUCAAGUACACUUCCGCCACGGGCCGGCCCAAGGCGUCCGACCUGGCCCAGGAAACCAUCGACAAGGUCGGCAAGGACCACGAAUUCUUCAUCUGUGGCCCCGAGUCUUGGAUGGAGGACGUCCAGGCGGAGUUGCUCUCCCGGGGGGCCAAGAAGGUCGUCUGCGAGGUCUUUGGAUCGCAGCUGGCUACCGGAUGCCCCUUCUUUGCGUCGGCAUAAACAGUGGUCAAUCCACCAAAUUUUGAGAACAAGGUUUCGUUUUCGAAUACAAGGGGAACGAACCAAGCAAUUCAAUGCGUUGCACAACAUGCACAGCACGAGUAAUCGAUAUGAAUACAUUACAUUAUAAAUUUUCUAUUUAUCGGAAUAAAAACAAUCGUAAGCU